GAAAGUUUGAAAUCAGUAGAAAUUAGUCCCAAGUCCUCGGAGCAGGGGAUGUUAACACAGUUGGGACAACGUACUUACUGGUGUAUCUCCCGUCAGAGGUCCUGGGGACUUCCUAUACCUGUGUUCUACCACAAAGUCACCGAUGAGGCCCUCAUCAAUAGCCAGACAAUUGACCACCUGAAGCAGCUGUUUACCAAGCAUGGCAGUGACUGUUGGUGGACAAUGUCUGAGGAGCAGCUUCUACCCAAGGACCUGCUUGACCAGAUGGGAGCUAGCUGGUCGGAUUAUAACAAGGGCAAGGACAUUCUGGACAUAUGGUUUGACAGUGGCUCAUCCUGGUCUGUACUACGCAAAG